AUGCCUGGCUCGGAUAAAGGCAGCGACCUGACAGAGCGAAUUGAAGCGUUUCUGUCCGACCUGAAGCGUGGAGGCAGCGGGACGGGUCCGCUGCGGGGCUCGGGGGAGACGGCCCGAGAGACGGCGGCGCUGCUCCGCAGAAUCACCGCUCAGGCCCGCUGGAGCAGCGCAGGUGAUUUGAUGGAAAUAAUUCGUAAAGAGGGGAGGAGAAUGACGGCCGCCCAGCCCUCAGAGACCACAGUUGGUAACAUGGUCAGACGGGUGCUGAAGAUCAUCAGAGAAGAAUACGCCAGGUCUCGUGGCAGCAGCGAAGAAGCGGAGCAGCAGGAGUCACUUCACAAAUUGCUCACCUCAGGAGGCCUCACCGAAGAAAACUUCAGACAGCAUUUUGCCCAACUCAAACCCAACGUCAUCGAGGCCAUCAAUGAGCUGCUAACAGAACUGGAGGGAACGACGGACAACAUCUCUAUGCAGGCACUGGAGCACAUCCACACCAACGAGGUCAUCAUGACAAUUGGCCGCUCGCGCACGGUGGAGGCCUUCCUCAAAGAUGCUCGGCGCAAACGGACAUUCCACGUCAUUGUGGCAGAGUGCGCCCCCUUCUGUCAGGGACAUGAAAUGGCAACCAAUCUGUCAAAAGCCGAUAUUGAAACGACCGUGAUCACGGACGCGGCCAUAUUCGCAGUGAUGUCUCGUGUAAAUAAGGUCAUCAUUGGCACACAGACCGUUUUAGCAAACGGAGGCCUGAGAGCCGUUAAUGGAACACACACUCUGGCACUCGCAGCCAAACACCAUUCAACACCGCUCAUCGUCUGCGCGCCUAUGUUCAAACUCUCGCCUCAGUUCCCAAAUGAAGACGACACCUUCCAUAAGUUUGUCUCCCCUCAGGAGGUGCUUCCUUUCACUGAAGGGGAAAUUCUGUCUAAGGUCAACGUGCACUGUCCGGUGUUCGACUACGUCCCACCUGAGCUCAUCACCCUGUUCAUCUCUAAUAUCGGCGGUCACGCCCCGUCGUACAUUUACAGACUGAUGAGUGAGCUUUACCACCCAGAAGACCAUGAACUUUAACUGGUGUAAUGAACAAAUAAAGGGAAAUGGUUGG